UGCGGCCAACGUCCCCCCACCCUGUGGUGUCUUCAAGAACUGCACCAACAUAAACGACGGUCACUACGCUGACACAGACAACAGCUGCAAGUCUUACUACACCUGCAUCAGUGGCCAGUUCGUUGGCCACAACUUCUGCCCUGCUGCUCUGAUAUUCAACGAGGCUCAACAGAGCUGCGAUUGGCCCAAAGCAACCCCGCCCCCCUGCGGCACAGCCUCUAGCUAGGAGAAAGACAGUCUCGAGACGAGUGGGACGUCAAAUGAAAUGGUUUUGGGUAACUGCACACUGUUGCACCGUGAAGUGAAAUAAUCAAAUACGAUGAAAUAACAACGACACCGCCACCCUCCCCCAAAAACCAACAACAAACAAACAAAAAUAAAACCAAAAAAAACUGA